AUGUCAUUAGACAAGCAUUUGUUCAACUUGAAAUUUGCCGCAAAGGAGUUGCAACGAAACGCCAAGAAAUGCGAGAAGGAGGAGAAAGCGGAGAAGACAAAAUUAACCAAUGCAAUAAAGAAAGGCAAUAUGGAAGUGGCACAGGUACAUGCCGAAAAUGCAAUACGUAAGAAAAAUGAAGGCCUCAAUUACAUACGCAUGUCGGCACGAAUUGAUGCAGUUGCAGCACGAGUACAGACAGCAGCAACGCAAAAGCGCGUUACGCAGAGCAUGACAGGUGUUGUACAGGCCAUGGAAUCGGCACUGCGCUCCAUGAAUUUGGAAAAAGUGCAAAAUUUAAUGGAUCGCUUUGAGAAGGACUUCGAAAAUCUGGAUGUACAGUCGGCAACAAUGGAAGGCUCAAUGACAGCAACAACAACAUUGAAUGCACCACAGGCGCAAGUGAAUGCCUUGAUUCAGGAAGCAGCUGACAAAGCUGGCUUGGAAUUGAACAUGGAAUUGCCAGCUGGUGCAACUACUACAGCUAUUGGCGGCAAAGUUUCAACGUCAGCCACCGAAAACGAUGAACUAACUCAGCGGCUUGCAGCUCUGAGACAGAACUAA